CAGACACGGACAGGCCGACCCUCCGUUCCGCUCCGCGCCCAUCAGCUGCUGCACCGAGAUGGAGAUGUCGACGGCAGCGGGUGGUCCGGGGACGUCUGGUCGUCGGCAGCGCUCCGUGAAGAGGAGGCGGUGGGGAGGUCUGAGGCAGCAGUGGAAACUCCUGGGCCUGUUUGAGAUUGACCAGCAGCACGAGUUCUACGGCCUGACCUGCAUGAUGAAGGAGGGCUUGGCUGCGGCCAUCCAGAACACCAUCGACAACCCGCCCACAAACGAACUGACAGAUGAGGAUUUCAGAUUAGAGGUCACUCAGAUCCAUAAGGACUUUACAAUGGAGACGUUUGCAGGCCCCGUGUUUGCCACGCUGCGUGGCUCUUUAGGAAUGACCGAGCAGGAGUAUCAGCAGUCACUGUGCUCAGAAAAUUGCUACCUCCAGUUCAUCAGCAACUCCAAGAGCAAAGCAGAUUUCUUCCUGACGAAUGAUAAAUGCUUCUUUUUGAAGACUCAGAACAAAAGGGAAAUUAAGUUCCUUCUCAGCAACCUGAAGAUCUACAUGGAGCAUCUGAGGAAGUACCCACACUCACUGCUGGUGAAGUUUUUAGGCGUUCACAGGAUCCAAAUCCCACGCAGACGAAAGAAAUACUUUAUUGUCAUGCAAAGUGUGUUUUAUCCAGACGAUCGAAUCAAUGCCAGGUAUGACAUUAAGGGCUGUGAGGUGAGUCGCUGGACAGAACCUGCACCAGAGGGAAGUCAGAUCAUCGUGGUACUCAAAGACCUCAACUUUGAAGGCCAGUUCAUCACUCUGGACCAGCAGCGUCCCUGGCUCCUGCGGCAGGUGGAGAUCGACACCUACUUUCUCCGCCAGCUCAAUGUGUUGGACUACAGCCUCCUCCUGGCCCAUCAGCCCCUGCACCAUGACGAGCGGCACCAGGGGUUCUCCUUUGCUACACUCAUCGUAAGAGCCAAAAAGUCUGUGAAUCCAGGCUCCAGUCCAAUCCAUACGAGUGCAGCCACAGUUCCUGGGGCAGUCCUCGAAGAGGACGGCACCCUGCCUUUAUCUGAGACAGAUAGCAGCUUAACGAAACCGCAUGGCCAAGAUGCAUCAAGCGGCAGCUCUCCUCGAACGUGUGCAAAGCAUUCUGGGCCGGGCGGCGACGAGGCUGAGCUACAAGACUUCGAGGCCCAAAACCGACGUCUACUGCCAAACCUAAAGAAUCCAGUUCACAUCAUCGAUGGCCCCGAGCAGCGCUACUUCAUCGGCAUCAUUGACAUUUUCACGGUUUACAGUUUUAAGAAGAGGCUGGAGCACUUGUGGAAGAGGUUGAGGCACCCUGGCCGGUCCUUCUCAACCGUCAGUCCGCAGGCGUACUGCCUCAGGCUGUGUCAGUGGGUACAGGACCACACCAAGUAGAGCCCACACAUCUGCAUGUGUUUGGUUGUUUGGACUUGCAAACAAAGCAAGUCCAAGUUGUUUGGACUUGCUUUGGAAAGCAUUUUUCCUCUCCAACCUUUUCAUCAUGAAAAACAGCUUCAAACAUUGUGUGGGCCUCACCUGUGAGCAGGUGUACAUAAACAAUAAUUUCAUUAUUGAUUUAUUAAUUUGAAGCAGACAUGUACUACUUCUUUUUUAACUAGCAAAAUAGUUUUUAAGACAAGCGUGUGUUUGAGCCCACCCUGUGUCCAAAUUUAAGAAUUAAAUUCAUAAAGCUGUUUUUGAGCAUUUUGGCCACCACAGCUGGGACGAGACUGUGAAACUGAGGGGCACUCGCUCCACUUAAAACAAACACUGCUUUAUUCUUAUUUUUAACUCUAAAUGGGACCAUAAAAAACACCACGCUGUGUUCAGUAUGACUCACAUUUAGGGACUCAUCAGGAAAAUGAUUACAGAGGUCAUAAAUCCAGAAGGAAGAACGUUUAUUUUCACAUAGACUUCAACACAUUCAUACUUCUUUUUGAUGGCCUUUAAAACAAAAUCUGGUUUAAAGCACUUGGUUUUUAAGGCUUCACUUACAUUUACACACAGUCUAUGAAUCUACUCUAUCCAGCUGUCAUUGCUUCAUUCAUUCUUCCACUGUCACUGCUAAUGCUACCUCAAUAAUGACAGAUUUAAAUACAGUACCCAUCAAAAGUUUGGACACACCUCCUCAUUCAGUGUUUUUAUUUUUCUUCCUACAUUAUAAAUGAAUACUGAAGUCAUUCAGACUGAAGGAGCACAUAAGGAAUCGUGUAAAUGUGUAAAACAAGCCAAAAUGUGUUUUAGAUUCUUCAAAGUCGGCACUUCUUGCUUUGAUCACAGCUUUGCACUCUUGGCUUUCUCUCCAUCAGCUUCAUGAGGUCAUCACCUGAAAUGAUUCUCCAACAGUCUUGAAGGAGUUCUCAGAGGUGCUGAGCUCCUGUUGGCUGCUUUGCCUUCACUCU